AUGGGAAGAAAUAACAAUAAAAAUCCUGAUGAUCCAGCAUCUACACCAGAAGGAAAUGAAAGAAAAGAAGUCAAUGGUCCGCGUCGCUCCCUCCGGCAGAGGAAAGCUAUUGAGCGCUAUCAAUCUCCCCUGGAAAAUCUAAGGAAACGUAAGCUAACAUCCAAAUGUACUUCACCUGUCAAAAAGAGAAAAUCAGGCAAAAAACCUAAAAGGUCUCCUACGGCCAACUCUCAGAAAGAUAAUACAAAGGGAGUUCCAAAUGAUCACACGAAAACUGAAGCAACUCGGAAAGGCAACUUAAAUGAAGCUCAUAAGGAGACCAUGAAAACUGGAGCAUGUCUGGCUGGUGUGGAGCAAAUGCAAAUAGAUGGUUCAGCACAAUUUCAUGGUGUGGGUGGUCUGUCUGACCACAUUUCAGCUUUAAAAGAGAUGGUCAUUUUGCCGUUGCUUUAUCCUGAUGUCUUUGAGAUACUGAAAUUUAAACCUCCAAGAGGCUGUUUAUUCUAUGGUCCACCUGGGACUGGAAAGACCCUGGUUGCUCGUGCACUUGCUAAUGAAUGUAGCAUUGGUGACAGGAAGGUAACCUUUUUUAUGAGAAGUGCAGCUGACUGCAUGAGUAAAUGGGUAGGAGAAUCUGAACGACAGCUUCGUUUAGUAUUUGAGCAGGCCUACCAAAUGCGGCCUUCAAUUAUUUUCUUUGAUGAGAUCGAUGCCCUUGCUCCUGUACGGUCCAACAAACAAGACCAGGUUCAUAGCUCUGUUGUGGGGACACUUCUGACACUGAUGGAUGGCUUAGCCAGCAGAGGAGAGGUUGUGGUAAUAGGAGCCACCAACAGAUUGGAUUCUAUAGAUCCUGCUUUACGGAGACCUGGACGCUUUGAAAGAGAAUUCCGCUUCAGCUUGCCAAACAAAGAGGCAAGAUUAGAAAUUUUAAAAAUUCACACACGAGACUGGACCCUGAAGCCAUCAGACAACUUACUUGAAGACCUGGCUGAGAAAUGUGUUGGAUUCUGUGGAGCUGAUAUUAAAGCCUUGUGUGUUGAAGCUGGGCUCUGUGCUUUGCGCCGCCGCUAUCCACAGAUACAUAAGAGUGAUAAAAGACUGAAGAUAGAUGCCAGAUCAAUUAAAGUAACAGCAAAGGAUUUUGCCACGGCCAUGCAGAAGAUUGUUCCAGCAUCACAGAGAUCUGGGGUUUCACCUGGGAGAGCAUUACCACCUAUUUCAAAGCCACUAUUGGAAAACACCCUGGAAAGAAUUUUACUAGCCUUGCAGAGAGCAUUUCCCCAUGCAAAGCUUGCACUGAAAACAAACCAAGGGGAUGAUGGGAUUGACAGUGAUGAUGACUUGCCAUCAAUCUCUGAAAAGAAGCCUCACAGCAAAAGGGCAGGAUUCCGCACUUUUAGCAGAAAUCCUUCUUACCAGCCAACAUCUUUCAGGCCACGGUUCUUAUUAGUUGAAGAGUCAGGAUGUGGGCAGGCUUUUGACUUGGCGCCUGCUGUAUUACAUGCCCUGGAAAAGUUUCCAGCUUAUACACUAGAUCUACCAACCUUGUUUGUUAGCACCACAUCACAGGAAGAAACAUGUUCACAGUUGAUACGAGAAGCUCAAAGAACAGCACCAAGUAUCAUUUAUAUCCCACAAAUCCCAUCGUGGUGGGAGGCUCUUGGACCUACACUGAAAAUUGCUUUUAUAGGACUGCUGAAUAACAUUCCAUACUUUGCUCCAGUUUUGCUCCUUGCAACAUCUGAUGUGCCACAUGAAGAUCUCCCUGAAGAGAUAAAAACAUUGUUUAAUACUAAUCGUGAAGAAGUUUUCAAAAUCCCUCGGCCUACCUGUGCUGAAAGAAAAGGGUUUUAUGAGAACUUGAUUAUGAAUCAAGCUGCUGAACCUCCUACAUCAAAAAACAAUGCAAAUUCGCAGAUAGACCGUCCUGGAAGAUGUUCUCAGGUGGAUGGGCAACCAAAAGUAUGGGACAAGAAAGCAAUCAAAAUUAAAAAAAGAGGAGUGUUUGUGGAUUACUCUGAGCUCAGAAAAGUGUUGGAUGCUGUCGUCACAGCAACUGAGAACGUCAGUAUAUCGAGCAUGGCUAAACUAUAUUCCGUUCUCAGCAUGUGCAUUUACCAACAGCGGGAAAAUCCGGACAAAACCGAAUUAGUGGAGGAAAUGAAGAAAGAAAUUGCAGCCCUCAGUUGGCUGUGA